GGUAGAGACCUCUGAAACCCGAGACCCUCCUACUGGUGGGAGGAAGGUCGGUGCCUUGGGAACGGCUCCACGUGGAGAUGAAUAUAUCUUCUUGUCGGAGCUUGUGCGAUUAGCAAAGAACUUAAUACAACGUUACACAACCCGAAAGGACAUGAACACAACAUGCUGUCUAACAGAUCGCACAAGAAUAGAACUUCACAAUGGAAGAGAGAGACUUCACUCUCCUUUUGUUUACCAGACGAUUUAUUACAGAUCAAAUGACACAAAUAAAAAGUCCAGAAGUUCACGUCAGGGGCAGAAAUCAAAACGUUAUUGUUAAUAUAUUGUUUACUUCAAGUAUAAAGAAGCAUUUAAUGGAAAUAUACAAGAACCUUUAGACUCUAGGGGGAAAAGUCAUGUGAAUCCUCUGCCUUCUUGUUUACUGUGUUUUCACGAUGCUGGUAUUUCAGAGUGGUUCACCCCCCACAUCCCAGUGUGUGUUUGGAUCUAACAUGCCUCGUUCUCUUUCUGUGCAGGGCGACCGGGUGUGGCUACGGGAGGAUGAGCAGUACCAGCCCAGCACCGUGUCCUCCUGCUCCGGAGGCGUGGUUGCCUUCGCCACAGACUACGGCCAGGUGUACACCUACAAGCAGAAUGCGCUCACCAGGCAGAAGGUGCAGCCCAUGCACCACAGCAGCGUCACGGGGGUGGAGGACAUGGCCACGCUGCAGGACCUCCAUGACGGGGCCAUCAUGCACAACCUCCUGCUGCGCUACCAGCAGAGACACAUCUACACGUACAUCGGCUCCAUCCUGGCGGCGGUGAACCCGUACCAGACGCUCCCCGGACUCUACGAGCGGCCGGCGGUGGAGCUGUACAGCCGACACCACCUCGGGGAAAUCCCCCCCCACAUCUUCGCUGUGGCCAACGAGUGCUACCGCUCGCUGUGGAGGAGGCUCCAGAACCAGUGUGUCCUGAUCAGUGGAGAAAGCGGAGCGGGGAAAACAGAAAGCACCAAGCUGAUCCUGAAGUUCCUGUCGGCGAUGAGUCAGCACUCUCUGGAGCUGUCCUCCAGGGACAGGACGUCCCGCGUGGAGGAGGCGCUGCUGGAGAGCAGUCCCAUCAUGGAGGCCUUUGGAAACGCCACCACCGUCCACAACAACAACUCCUCCCGCUUCGGGAAGUUCGUCCAGCUGCACUUCAGCCAGAAGGGAAACAUCCAGGGCGGCAGGAUCGUGGACUACCUCCUAGAGAAGAACCGUGUGGUCCGGCAGAACCCAGGGGAGAGGAACUACCACAUCUUCUACGCCCUGUUGGCAGGAACCAACAGCCAGCAGAGAGAUGCGUUUGCGUUGACCCACACCGACAGCUACCACUACCUGAGGCAGUCGAGCUGCGUCACCGACAAGACGAUCAACGACAAAGGCACUUUUCAGGAUGUUCUGAAUGCCAUGCGAACGAUGAAGUUCACGGAGGAGAACAUCGGGGAGAUCCUGCGCCUCCUGGCCGGGAUCCUUCAUGCAGGGAACAUCGAGUUCAUGACGGCCGGAGGAGCACAGGUCUCCUCCAAAUCAGCUCUCAGCCGCACGUCCGACCUCCUGGGGCUGAACUCAGACCAGCUGGCCGAGGUUCUGACCCACAGGUCCAUGAUCCUCAGGGGGGAGGAGAUCUCCACCCCGCUCACCGUGGAACAGGCGGUGGACUCCAGAGACUCCAUGGCCAUGGCCCUUUACUCCCAGUGUUUCAACUGGAUCAUCAGGAAACUCAACAGCCGCAUCAGGGGCAACGAGGACUUCAAGUCCAUCAGCAUCCUGGACAUCUUCGGGUUCGAGAACUUCGAGGUCAACCGCUUUGAGCAGUUCAACAUCAACUAUGCAAAUGAGAAGCUUCAGGAAUAUUUCAACAAGCACAUUUUCUCCCUGGAGCAACUUGAGUACAACAAGGAGGGCCUGGCCUGGGUGGACAUCAACUGGAUGGACAACGGAGAGUGUCUGGACCUGAUCGAGAAGAAACUGGGUCUCCUGGCGCUGAUGAAUGAGGAGAGUCACUUCCCCAAAGCCACAGACGACACCUUACUGGAGAAGCUCCACAGCCAGCACUCGAAAAACUCUUUCUAUGUGAAGCCCCGUGUAGCUGUGCACUUCUUCGGAGUCAGGCACUAUGCAGGAGAGGUGGUGUACGACGUGAGGGGGAUGCUGGAGAAGAACAGAGACACUUUCAGAGACGACAUCCUCAACCUGCUGAGGGAGAGCAGGUUGGACUUUGUCUACGAUCUGUUCGAACACGUGUUGAGCCGGAACAAGCAGGACACUCUGAAGAGCAGCUGCAAGCGCCGCCGGCCCACAGUCAGCUCCCAGUUCAAGAAUUCUUUGCACUCCCUGAUGGCCACACUCUGCACCUCCAACCCGUACUUCAUACGAUGCAUCAAACCAAACACACGCAAGAUGCCUGACCACUUCGACCAGACCGUGGUCCUGAACCAGCUCAGAUAUUCGGGCAUGUUGGAGACGGUGAAGAUCCGGCGCACAGGCUUCCCCGUCCGGAGAGCGUUCCAAGACUUCUGCUGCCGGUACAAGGUGCUGAUGCGCGAGGUGUUGACGCCGGAGGACCCCAGGGGGCGCUGCAUCCAGCUGCUGAACCACUACGACAGCAGCAGCGUGGAGUGGCAGAUGGGAAAGACCAAGGUCUUUCUUCGGGAGUCUCUGGAGCAUCGUCUGGAGAAGCAGAGGGAGGUGGAGGUGCUGAAAGCAGCCAUGAUCAUCCAGGCUCAUGUCGUGGGCUACAUGGCCAGGAAGCAGUACAGGAAGCUGCUGCAGUGCAUCGUGGUCAUUCAGAAGAACUACCGGGCUUUCUACUGGAGGAGGAGGUUCCUGCUCCUUCGCCGGGCUGCGCUCACCGUCCAGAAAUGCCUGAGAGGCCAGCUGGCCCGCCGGGCCUACAGCCAGCUGCUGGAGGAGAGGAGGAGGAGGAGGGAGGAGGAAGAGGAGCACCGCAGGAGGGUGGAGGAGGAGAUGGAGAGGGAGAGGCUGAGGCUGGAGGCUGAGACACUCGCCAGAGAGGCUGAGGAGACCAGAAAGCUGGAGGAGACCAGAAAGCUGGAGGAGACCAGAAGGCUGGAGGAGACCAGAAGGCUGGAGGAGACCAGAAGGCUGGAGGAGACCAGAAGACUGGAGGAGACCAGUAGGCUUGAGGAGACCAGUAGGCUGGAGGAGACCAGAAGGCUGGAGGAGACAAGUAAGCUGGAGACCAGAAGGCUGGAGGAGACCAGUAGGCUGGAUGACCUGCAUCGUGCUGAGGAGUUGGCCUCUCUGGUUUCGGCUCAGUUGCCGCCUGCCAUGGCUGCAGGAACAUCACCAGACGCUCUAGAGGAGCUGGAGUCAGCCGAGACUUGUGAGGGGGCAAUUCGUCCCCAUGAAGCAACUCAGGUGGAGGAGAUCCUACGACUGGAGCGGGAGAUCCAGGCGCUGCAGAGGCAGAAGGAGCGCCAGGAGCUCUCCCUGACGGAGGCCUCCCUGAACCGCCUGCAGCUGCUCCGGGACCAGGAGCUCAAGCGGCUGGAGGACGAAGCCUGCAAGGCGGCGCAGCAGUUCUUAGACUCGCUGAACUUUGAUGAGAUCGACGAGUGUGUGAGGAACAUUGAGAGUUCCUUGGGAGUCAGCGAGGAGGACGAGAAGGAGAGGGACAGUGGACGGAGGAGAGGCGGUGAGGAAGAGGAGGUCGAUGAAGGAUUUGAGGCUGAUGACGAGGCCUUUAAAGACUCUCCGAACCCGAGUGAGCACGGCCACUCAGACGGCCAACGGACUAGUGGGAUCCGAACGAGCGAUGACUCCUCUGAAGAAGACCCGUAUGCCAAUGACGGCGUUAUCCCACCACUGCCUCCAACCACUGUUCUUCACCCGCCGCUGCCUUUACCGCCUGUGCCGCCAGCCUGCCACAGUGCAUCGGCUUCAUCCGAGGCUCAGUCUGAUGACCUGGUGGAGCUCAUACCGCCAAACGAGGAUUCAGACUACGACCAGGAUGACUACGACGAGGGCGCCAUCGUGUCAAGUGGCAGCGUGGCGUUCUCCAACCCUCGCAGCGGGCAGUGGUCUCCAGACUACCGCGGCUCGGUUGGCACCUACAAUAGCUCAGGGGCUUACCGCUUCAGCUCGGAGGGAGCUCAGUCAUCAUUUGAGGACAGCGAGGACGACUUCGACCGGUUUGACACAGACGACGAGCUCUCGUACCGCCGGGACUCGGUCUACAGCUGCGUCACACUCCCGUACUUCCACAGCUUCCUCUUCAUCAAAGGCGGUCUGAUGAACACGUGGAAGCGGCGCUGGUGCGUUCUGAAGGACGAGACCUUCCUGUGGUUCCGAGCCAAGCAGGAGGCUCUGAAGCAGGGCUGGCUGCACAAGAAGGGAGGAGGCUCGUCCACGCUGUCCCGUCGGAACUGGAAACGCCGCUGGUUCGUGCUGCGGCAGAGCAAACUCAUGUACUUCGAGAACGACGGCGAGGACAAGAUGAAGGGCGUGAUGGACAUGCACAAUGCAAAAGAAAUCAUCGAUAACACCGGUAAGGAGAAUGGAAUCGACAUCGUGAUGCCGGACAGGACCUACCACCUGAUCGCAGAGUCUGCCGAGGACGCCAGCCAGUGGUUCAGCGUGCUGAGUCAGGUCCACGGCGCCACCGAGCAGGAGAUCAAAGAGAUGCACGACGAACAGGCCAACCCCCAGAACGCUGUGGGGACUUUGGAUGUGGGGAUGAUCGAUUCCGUUUGCGCAUCAGAUAAUCCAGAGAGGUCAAACUCCUUCGUCAUGAUCACAGCCAACCGCGUGCUGCACUGCAACGCCGACACGCCCGAGGAGAUGCACCACUGGAUCACACUGCUGCAGCGCUCCAAGGGAGACACCCGGGUGGACGGCCAGGAGUUCAUCAUCCGAGGCUGGUUGCACAAAGAGAUGAAGAACAGUUCCAAAGCGUCGCUGAAACUGAAGAAGCGCUGGUUCCUGCUUACCCACAAUUCCCUGGACUACUAUAAGAGCUCUGAGCGCAACGCCCUGAAGCUGGGAACACUGGUGCUGAACAGCCUCUGCUCCGUGGCUCAGCCGGACGAGAAGCUCUUCAAAGAGACCGGCUACUGGAGCGUGAUCGUGUACGGCCGCAAACACUCGUACCGUCUCUACUGCAAGCUGCUGAACGAGGCCACGCGCUGGGCCAACGCCAUCCAGAACGUCAUCGACGCCAAAGCUCCCAUCGACACGCCCACGCAGCAGCUCAUCCAGGACAUCAAGGAGAACUGUCUGAACUCGGAGGUGGUGGAGCAGAUCUACAAGAGGAACCCCAUCCUUCGCUACAGCCACCACCCGCUGCACUCGCCUCUGCUGCCGCUGCCUUACGGAGACAUCCACGUCUCGGCUCAACGACAGAGAAGCUACACGACGCUCCAGGACGAAGCCCUCAAGGUGUUCAGCUCUCUGCAGCACUUGGAGGGCGUGGCCGACCCCGUGCCCAUCAUCCAGGGCAUCCUGCAGACGGGCCAGGAGCUCAAGCAGCUGCGGGACGAGCUCUACUGUCAGCUGGUCAAGCAGACCACACGAGCGCCGCAGCCGGGAAGCACCGGGAACCUCUGCACCUGGAAGAUCCUGGCCUGCAUGUCCUGCACCUUCAUCCCGACCAGGAGCAUCCUCAGAUACCUCAAGUUCCACCUGAAGAGGACUCGAGAGCUCCUCCCCGGCUCGGAGAUGGAUCGGUACGCCGCCUUCGCCCUGGACUGCUUGAGAAGGACUCGAUCCAGGGAGAACGUCCCGUCGCAGGAGGAGAUCCGCUCCAUCGUGGCACGGCAGGACAUGAGCACCACCGUUCACUGCCACGGAGGAGGCUCCUGCAAGAUCACCAUCAACUCACACACGACGGCCGGAGAGGUGGUGGAGAAGCUGAUCCGCGGCCUGGCCAUGGAGGACAGCAGGAACAUGUUUGCUCUGUUCGAACACAACGACACCAUCGAGAAAGCCAUCGAGAGCCGCUCGGUGGUGGCCGACGUCCUCGCCAAGUUUGAAAAGCGUUCAGCGAUUCCAGACGAACACAACUCCGGAUGGAAGUUUUACUUCAAGCUCUACUGCUUCCUGGACUCAGACAAUGUUCCCAGAGACAGCGUGGAGUUCGCCUUCAUGUUUGAACAGGCCCAUGAAGCCGUCAUCCGUGGUCGCUAUCCGGCCCCUGAGGAGACUCUGCAGUUCCUGGCUGCCCUGAGACUUCAGUACCUCCUGGCCGAUCACAGCUCCCAGGCCAACGUCCCGGAGAUGUCCCAGGUGUUCCCCAUGGCGCGAUUACGAGCCCGGGUGCAGAACUCUGCCAAGACAUUCGCCCCAGGCACCGGCUCCGUGGCCGACCGCUCGGGCACGGCGGAGAGGAAACGCUCGAGCUUCCUGGAAGGAACAUUGAGGCGGAGCUUCAGGAGCGGCUCGAUGAGUCGGCAAAAGCUGGAGGAGGAGAACAGCCUGGAGGCCUGGAUGAGGGAGGAGGCGGCGGCGGUGAGAACCAGCGUGAUGGACAAGUGGAAGAAACUGCAGGGGAUGAACCAGGAGCAGGCCAUGGUGAAAUACAUGUCUCUGGUGAAGGAGUGGCAGGGAUACGGAUCCACGCUGUUCAACGUCGAGUGCCGGGACGGAUCGUUCCCCUGCGACCUGUGGUUGGGCGUGAGCCGAGAGGCCAUAUCGGUGUACAAGCGAGGGGAGCCCUGGCCUCUGGAGGUUUUCCCAUAUGAACAGAUUCUCUCCUUCGGCGCCCCGCUGGCCAACUCAUACAAGAUCGCCGUGGAGGGCCGGGAGCUGGUCUUCGAAACCCCAAUGGUCAUGGACAUUGCCAAGUUGAUGAAGGCCUACAUCAGCAUGAUCGUCAAGAAGCGCUACAGCAACUGUCAGUCGGUCAGCAGCCACGGCAGCCACGGCAGCCAGUGUAGCGCCUGGUGAAGGUCUUGACCUCAUGGCUGUGUGCCGGAGCGCCACCGACGGGCCGAGUGUGGACGCCCGUCCUCGGCGCUGGGGAAAGAGCAGCUUGUACAUUUGACUCUGUGAAUGCUGGAGACAAACCCCAAUGCUCUUAAUGGUAACUCGCUCAAAUGACUGUUGUGACUGGUCCCACUCCGAAACACCUCAUCGGCACACACCACAGAUCAGAACUGUAACAGAAGGAAGGUUCGAUAUCAUUUCAAAAUGGAAGGAACAAACGACCAAAGCCUUUUCGGAGAUUUUCCCACAAGGAAACUGACCUGCAAGAAACAACUGGAAAACACAGAUUAUCAAGUGCAGGCAAAACGCUCACAGCACAAGAAGCAGUCGACAUGCAGAACUUAAACUGGAAUCAAAACCAGCAGCUAUUCAAAUUAUGUGUAAAGCUACAGCGCUAAAAGGGUUUCAGUUUGAGAGCAGGACUCAUGGAUUUCACGGUGAGAUUUUCUAAAGCUUGCACUCAAAUAGCUCUGCUUGUGCUCAAACUGUGUAUUUGCACCCAGAUACUCUGUUGUUGGACGGAUCUCCUGCGCUCCAGCUUCAGCUCUACGUCAAACAUCUGGUCUGGGAUUUCAUGCGCUGCUCCCGCCCUCCUCAGCUUUAUCAUUACACAGUCCUCCCAUCGCAAGGAAAGCGAGGGCACCCAGACCAUAGUAGACAUUUAAAGAUCACACAGAGGCGGCGUGAACGUGAAGCUGGAGCAAAGGCAAUCUGAGUGCAAGCGCACAGAUUGAGCUCAAGCAGGGGCUUUGUGUGAGUGCAGGCUUGUGAGUAAAAGUUUUACAAAAUCUCCAUGUUAAAUCAAUGAGUCCUUCUCUCUCACUUAAAGACCACACUCUUGAAUAGAGGUGAAAAUAUCUGUUGGUGUAAGAUAAGUUUAUCAAAUAUAAUAUACAAGAGAUUCCACUUCUCCAACACCAAAGAAAAUCUGAUUUCAUUUAACAGGACGUUGUUUGCUCAUCUGUUCUCAUGUUGUCAUGUUGUUAACUCAAUGUGGUCGUGUUUCGACUUGCAAAAAGGUUAUUUCUUCAUGAUGCUAACAUAACUGUCGGGGGAGAGGGUGGUUAACUGGGGGUUUGUGUGUGUGUCUGUUUGUGUGUCUUUGUGUGUGUGUCUGUCUGUGUGUGUGUGUGAGAGAGAGAGGUGUGUUGACAGGCUGUCCGAAUGUGAAAAAACUAAAGCAGAGAGCCUUCACACCGUUUCCUCUGCUUUGACAAACUCUGGGACUGGACGUCUAUAUUUUUCUUAUUGUCUCCAGAAUCUGUUCAAUGUAAAUAAUUUGCAGCUCAAAACAUUUCCACUUUGAAGUCGGCUGUGGUGAGGGAUUUACGCUGAGAUACGAAGGUCACACAAGUGCCUCUUCAAAAUAAAGCAGGAUGAACGCCAAUCAGAUUUUGAUAUCAGCCAGAGUCUGGUGGAGGUGCUGCCACAUUACCUGCAACUACCAAUGAACCUGUUCACUGCAGAAUCUGUCCAUCCACGCAAAUCUCUCAAGGUAGAUUUUAAAAUCCUCUUUAUUCUUUCAAGAGACUUUAACAGAGUCAAGAGGCAGAGUGAGGCAGACUGCAGCAUCAGCUCCAACACAAAGAACUCCAACACCUGCAUAUCAUCGGAUCAGGGAAUUCAAAAUUCAAAAGUGUGUCAAUGUCCAGAUGAACAAAUUGUAUAAGGUGGUUAUCCACUGGUAAUGAGAAGGAGAGCCUCACAUGCAUAAACAAACACAUAUACACCUGGUAAUUCUCAUCAAGUCACCAAACUUCCUCAAAACAGGAAUUAAAUUUAGUCCAAAUUAAAAUGACCAUUGCGUCGGGUAGAUAUCUGAUCUUUGUCAGCCUCUGCUGGCAGCAAGUAGGAACUGAGACAACACAAAGCUCCCUUAAACUACAGUCAGUAGUAUAGGGGUUUGUUCCCGGUCAUUUUAGAUAAAAACAUGAUGUAAAUACUAAAGAAAUUCCUAAUUGCUGACGUCAAACCUUCAACUAAUCGGCAGGCGAAGUCUCCAACGUGCUUGAAUCCUCGUUUUCAGUUCUUGUGCCUUUGGACAGUUUGGACAGUUUGGACAGUUUGCAGUUUGGACAGUUUGCAGAUGGACAGUUUGCAGUUUGGACAGUUUGCAGUGGAACAUUCCUUCAACAUUUCACUGGAGCUCCGCGGGCGGCAGAUCCAUCCAAAGACGCGUGUGCAGGUUAAUUCCACGGUGCCUUGCUGUAUAUUGAGAACCUUACUUUAUGUUCUAUGUGUGGUUUCCACUUUUUUUGGUAUAAUGUUAUAUAUAUUAUAUAAUCAUGUGGCUGUACAUUUUAUACUUCUGUUGUUUUUCCUGAAUGAUGACCACGUUUCCAACACACAGUGGAUCUUAUACCGGUAUCCUUUAUAAAAAUCAAUCUGUAUGAGUUGUUUUAUGUAUUAAAAGGAUGAUUCUAACAAUAAAUGGUUGCAUAUUU